UUCCACUCCACGCCGGGAGAACUGAUGCCAGCCAAAGAUAGAGGGACUGAAAAGGUAGGAAAUAACCAGAACAAGUACAGAAAAGGGAGGUAAGAGGAAACCUGGAAGAGAUUGAUUAAAACGGGAGUGGCGUAGAAAUCCAGCCGCUGUCGGAGUACAGGUCAGUGGCGUGCUGGAAGCAGAAACGGACAGUGAAGUGGGAGGAAAAAAAAGCUUCGGGGAGGCAACACAACUGGAGCUUCUUUCUCUCUCUGAUCACCACCAAGUGGAGGAGGCUGAAGCCUUUGACUGAUCAUUGGGCCGUUUUGUUAUCCAGUGAUGGAUUCCCCUUCAGAUCUUUUCGAUGAUUCCUCCCCCCAGCUAAGCAAUUAUACUCCUGGUCUGUCUUCUGCAGACCUCCCUGGAGUUCACAUUGCUCCUGCCUUUAGACCCCCUGGUUUCCCCCUCAUCCACCAUCUCCUUCAGCCAGGGGGAGGCCCAAGGAGGAUCGGAGGGAUCCUAACAGCUAACCUCAGCAUGCAGAGACAGGUGGAAGGCAGGAGCCUAGAGGAAGAAGUGACUGUCGGUCAAAUAGAUGGAAGGAUGGAAGGAGCAGGGGAAGGGAUGACGGAGGCAGAGGAUGACUUGACAGAGGUGAAAAGGAAGUGCAGUGACACUGUGCUGAUGGCUGAGUGGAGCCAAGACGUCAUGAAAGUGAAAAGAAUGAAGCUGGAGUGUAGGCAGAAAGACAAGGUGGUUGAGGAAGGUGGGAAGAAGAGAGAGGGAAGGAGAAGGGAGAAGGAGGAGCUAAAGGAACAACUGGAGGAGGCCAGGGAGAGACUGCAGGCCCUGCAGGAGAAAGUUUGGAAGGCAUUUGGAGAGAAGACGGAGAAGGAGGAGAAGAAAAGGAAGCGCAACAGGUGUGAAGUUGAUGGAGAGGGAGAUGAGGGGAUGGUAGAGGAUGAAGAGGACGUUUCAGGGGAGAUGUACGAUGAGGAGGACUUUGAUACCACGGAGAUAGAGAAGGAUUCUUUCUCCCUCCUUUCUGUUUCCCAUUUUGACUACUUCCAGAAACGGAAAGAACAUUUGCAAAAAGACAGAGGAACAAGGACAGAGAGAGUAAGAGAAGGAGACAUGGAGGGAAUCAUGGAGGGAUCGAGACUUUGGGUUGAGUGUGGAGGUCUGACGAGAUCAGACUGGGAUGGAGGCACUGAAGACGAAGACGAGGAGGAAGGAAAGAAGUUUGCCCAGGCACUAAAGCUAGAACUGGGCAGUGCUGUGGCUCGAGUCAUUGACAGAGUUCUCCGUCUUUACACAGAGAUGACCGAUAACUCCUCUCCUCCCGCCGCCAUCUCUUUUCAGCCGUCCGAUCAGGGGCAUGACACAGCGAAGGAGGGGGAGGACUGGAUGAGACUUUUGACAAGAGAGAGAGUGGAGGAGCCGAUGAAAGAGAAGGAGGACGCAGACAGAGAGCAGCAGCUUAAGAAAUUAAAAAACGGGGGCGGCCUUCCUCCUGGACCGCCGCGUUGCUCUGAACAAUCAGAUCUGCCAAUGCCUUUGGCUGUUCACAGGUCACCUGACACACGGAAGACCUUUCCCCUCCUCGCACCUCCUCUCUCUACCAACAUUAACUCCUCUCACCCAAACCUCCCUCUGCAUCACCCCUCUUUGACUCGACCCACUCCUCUUGCUCACCCUCCACUUUUACCUCCACCUUCACAGUCCAAAGAGACCUCCUCCGCCUCCUUCCACCCAUCUUCAUCAUCUUCUUCCUCUUCAUCAUCCUUCCCUGCACCCCCACCUCCUCCUCCACCCCCACCUCUCCCUCUUCCAUUGCUCCACUACUCCAUGCAGCAGCUCUUCUCCCGCUCACUCCACCAUCCACAACUCCCACAUCUCGCUCCGUCCCGGAAGGACUACCUGGGCUCCGAUCCCUUCCUGGAGUUCUCCUCUCAUGCCUCCUUCCCUCCACUCCCUUUCCUUGGACACUUGGACCCGUCGCUGACUCGUCACGGAGUCAGAGAGAGGGAAAGAGGUGUGAGGGGAGAUGGGAGCAUCAGAGGAGGCGGCGGGAUGGAUGGAGGAGAGCUCUACCUGACAGCUGGGGGGACUCAGGAGGGAUUGUCUCCCUGCCAUCUGAAGAAGGCAAAGCUCAUGUUCUUUUACACACGCUAUCCAAGCUCCAACACACUCAAGACCUACUUCCCUGAAGUCAAGUUUAACCGCUGCGUGACCUCUCAAAUGAUUAAAUGGUUCAGCAACUUCAGGGAGUUCUUCUACAUCCAGAUGGAGCGAUUUGCACGCCAGGCUGUCCGCGACACCCUCACCCGGGAUGGUGCAGCUCGUCUGGGCCGAGAGAGUCAGCUACGAGUGAGCCGUGAUACGGAGCUCUACCGCAUACUGAACAUGCACUACAACAAGAGCAACGUCUACCAGGUUCCAGAGAGGUUUAUCGAGGUGUCCGAAGUGGCUCUGAGAGAGUUUUACUCAGCCAUAUGGACUGGGAGAGACAGCGAUCCCUGCUGGAAAAAAGGGAUAUAUAAAAUCAUCUGCAAGCUCGACAGUCCUCUGCCGGAUGCCUUCAGGAUGCCAGGCUUUCCGGUGGGCUGACCGCUGAUCUGUGUCUUUUUCCUGUACAUGAACGCCCAUGCAUGCUCGGGUACAUCGUUAUCAAGGCUUAAAUAAACUGUCAAACCGUGUGUUUGAUUGGCUAAGUGCUCAGUUUGAGGUGUAAAACUAUUAUUUAGGGUAUAAACGCAUACGUCAUCAACACGAGAAAGACACUGGACACGCUGAAUGUUUCAAUGAGAGUCUUGUGACUGCACUUAUCUUGCCCAUACCACUGAAUUAAAAGGGACAGAGAAAGAAUUCCUUCUGCAAACAUUCCUCUGCAGCCAGGCUUACCAGAACACACAACGUUUUACAUUUCAGGCUGGAUAAAACUGCUAAACCUGGGGGCUGAAGCAACAUCUUACUAUUUGUUUAGUCACUGAUUUAUAACGUGUUUGUGUACAUGAGUGAGGCUGCACUUUACUGGUGCAGCGUUAGAAUCAUUCCCUGUUACUAAAAUGAAAAAGACUGAUGAACAGUAUUUUGUAUAAGUACUCCCAGCCCUAGAUUGCAAAUACAAACCAAAAUGUAUUUUGCUGCAAAUGUAUUUGAUAGAUCAACAUAGAGUAAUCCAUAAUGGCAAAAUGGAAGACAAACCAACUGUUUUUUAACAUUCUUAAAUGAAAAACGUUGGUAUGUAUUUGUAUUAAGCUCCUAUGAGGCUAAACCAGAGGUUCACCAUUUUUUAAUAUCACCAUCAAGGCAGAGUUGGACUUUACUAGCUUAUUGUGUUGUGUCAUAAAAAGCAGAACUGAAACAUUCUUAUCCAUUUAAUGAUGCUGUAAAUCUACUCCAAGGUUGCCGUGCAGAUAAAAGGUAGUGAGUCCAAGCAGUAAAAUGUAGUUUAUAUAAACACUGCUUUAUUUGAUUUUUGGUGUCAUUUGGACUGGUCUGUUGCCAUGUCUCUCAGACAAUACUAAAGUUUUGCAAAAUUUGCAGCUGGUUUGAGCUAAUUGGGUUGGGUCAUGAGACAGAAGCCAACAGGGGCCAGUGCAUCUGUAGAACUGGUCCUGGCACCUGUACUAAAGACUUAAUAUGAAAUAAAUGCAUGAGAAGUAAAUUAUGACAUGCACUGGAACAGAAACCACAACUGAUAUGUCUCUUGGGCCAUUUUUUUUUUCUUACAGUUUUAUUUGAUUGAUAAUUUAAAAUUUAAGUUCUUGAACUUUUUGCUUCAAUGAUAUUGAAAUAGAAUCACAGUUUUCACCUGCUAGAUCUGAUGUUUCCAGAGCUGCAAACGGCUCUUUGGCUCACUUAAU